UGUCAUCUGCUGUUGUGUUGUGUGGUACUGACAAUGUUUUAUGUCAAAAGUAAAUAGUCAUUUCCGUAUCGUAAACUAUGUGAUUACUGAAGCAGUUUAUCAGAGGGAAAGCAUGUCCUCCCCUGCAAGAGGAAAAGGAACUUUCACACGCCUGGAAAGAACUAUAAACGUAUAACGUUUAGUAAUGGCUGGAUUUUUUAUGAAAAUCACUGCGUAAAGAAAUGGCAAAGAAAAGUGUCGAAGUCCAGGUUUUUGAUAGUGAUUUUGCACUUCUACUUCGUGAGUCCGUCACUUAUGAGAUCAAAAUGGAAUCCCGCCCCAAAAGUAAAUUUCGCACCUUUGUAUUUGUAUGUGUCUUAUUGGCGGUGACAGGUAUUGUUUAUUUUGGGUACUUCUGUCCAGAUCAAGUUUGCGCACUCUCGUCACGAGAAACCGCAUGGUCGGAGUGGACGUUUCGCACACCUAUUCAAGAUAAUUUAGGAAAACCUUUGCAAACUCAUUCAGAACCACUGAGUUCGAAAUUAUCAAAUCCAGGCCUAAGUUACGAUGAUGUUCUUAAUGAAAAUUUCCAGUUUGAUAUGAAAGCUCAUGACGUUAUGGUCUUUCUGCACAUUCAAAAGACAGGAGGUACGUCAUUUGGAAGGCACUUGGUGAGAGACUUGGAUUUGGAGAGGCCAUGCACAUGUCAAAGGAAAAGGAAACGCUGUUAUUGUUUUCGCCCAAACCGCAAGGAAAUUUGGUUAUUUAGUAGAUACUCCACGGGAUGGAAAUGUGGCCUUCACGCAGACUGGACAGAAUUAACUAGUUGUGUGGAUUCAGAACUUGACAAAAAUGAAGGUGAUAAAGUCAAAAGACGGUAUUUUUACAUCACGUUGUUGAGAGAACCAAUUAGUCGAUACCUUUCUGAAUUUCGUCAUGUACAGCGGGGAGCCACAUGGCGAAACUCAAGGCACUGGUGUGGUGGUCAUGUAGCUACUCGAGAAGAGCUGCCUUUGUGCUACAAAGGCGAUAGCUGGAAAGGGGUGACAUUGGAUCAGUUUGCAGCAUGUCCUUACAACCUUGCAGCAAAUAGACAAACACGCAUGCUUGCUGACUUGGCUUUGGUGGGUUGCUACAAUAUGAGUUAUAUGUCUCCAGUUGAACGUGAUCGUGUAAUGUUGGCAAGUGCAAAGAAGAAUCUAGCAUCUAUGGCUUUUUUUGGAUUAACUGAAUAUCAAAAGAUUGCACAAUAUGUAUUUGAAGAAACUUUUAACUUGAGGUUUGCUGUUCCAUUUGAACAACACAAUGCUACAGUGUCAAGUGUCACUCUCUCAAUGAUCAGACAAGAUCAGUUAGAAACUAUCAGACGUCUAAAUGAUCUGGAUUUAGAGCUAUAUUCCUUUGCGAAAGCUCUUAUGUUUCAGCGCUUUGAUCGCUUAAAGUCAAAGGAUCCACUAUUUAAAGAGCGAUUUGCACAUUUGGGUGAACUGCCUGGGAGACAGAGUGAUAGCUUUGAUUGGGAUCAGGUCAUUUAUGACGACAAUAACAUAACACAAAAGUAGUGGUGUAGACUUGAUGACACUUACUUUUAUAUUUUGCAUUAUCAUCAAUGCACAUAAUUAUUUUCUAUUCAUGUCACGAUGAUGACAUGAAAUCUUAAAGUGUUAGAUGCAGUGCAUUUUUAAUACUAAUAACAGCUGAUAUAGACAGCUAAUUGUGACAGUUCUGUAAAUAUGUAUUGUGUUUUUGUACUUAAUGUACUGUUGUUAAUAGCUAAUGUACAGCUAAGAAGAGUUAAUUUCACAUACCAUAGUUGUAUAUACUUGUAAAUUUCCCCAGUAUAAACCAUGUCACAUCUGCUGCAGCUGAUGCUAUUAUCACUUCCAGUUUUAUAUGUGGUGAAUCAGUUUUGAUGUGCCUUUCAUCUUUAUUAUAUAUUAUGUUACAAAACCUUUGAGAAUUAUGUACGCACAUCUUAUUGAAGUAUUUAUUAUAGAUUUGUUGUUGAGUUGCAUUUGAGACUAAUUAAUAUUAUACAUCAGCUGCAAAAACUCUAAAGAAAUAGAAUUGUGUAAGAAUUUAGGGUGCAGACUCACAAAGAAUACUUUAUUUAUGAGGCUGUGUAGUUAAAUAAAACACACACACACACACACACACACACACACACACACACACACACACACAAACAAACAAAAUCACACACAAUUAGUGUGUAUAUAGCAUUAGAUAUGAAAUAACCAUUUGAAAUUUCCAUUGAAGUAACACAGAUAAUAACAGGCCACAUUAACCCUUGACCUUAUGGAAACAGACUGUGAUUCUUUAUGACAUGAUGAGUUAAAGAUUGACAUGGUUAACAAGUGUACAGAUUUGUGGGUACUAGAGGUGUAACAGGCAGAAAGAGGUCAAAUUGAUUUUUCUACUAAGCUAAGGCUAAUAAAGUUAGUAACCUGCUGUAGGGGAGUGAUUAUCAGAGCAGGAGGAGUCAUUAUUGUUCAAAUCGGAGGUGUUUCCAGCGAAGACAGGAAACAAAAGGACUUCAGAACAAAGAAAAACGCCAAAAAGAAAGCAGAGAAUAGGUAUUCUGUGAUAUUGUAGAACAAGUUAAUACACAGUAGAAUUGAGGAUUUACACACCUGCUAAACAUUGACAGGGUUCCUGUGCAGAAACCCUGCAUCAGUACUUGUGGAUGAUGGUUUCAAAUGGUGUGUUUUGUUGAGAAAUCUUAUGGAUGGGUGUAAUGAAAUAAUUUUUCUGACAUGAUUGAUUGAUAGUAUGUUUUGGGUUUUGCAGAUGAGUUGACAAUUCCAUUCUUUUUGUAGAGUGUUUGACCCUUACCUGACUCGUACUGCAAGUAAUGUUUCUGCCACUGCUCAGUACCUGAAAUCCGAUCAUACUGUAAGGGACAGCAGGGAAUGUGUGCACUUCCUUUUCUGCACCUGUCCCACUGUUCCAUGAAAUGUUCAUUCACUCAAUGUUUUCUUUUUUGAAGAUGAGAGCAUAUAAAUUGAGUGCCAGGUUCCAAGAGUUGCUUAGAUUGAAACAUCUUUGUUUCAACAGACCCCUGCUGUCCACAGUAUGACUGGAGUUCAGGUAGUGAGCAGAUGCAAACAGGGUGCAGUGUGCAAAAAGGGAAAUUGUCAGCUCAGUUUAAGCCCAAACACAAAUCUUCAGAAUAUGUUUUGGCUAUGUUUCCUCAUACCAUAAAUUAUUUGUUCUUAACUGUGUCUGAUGCACGUAUUUGUUUAGGCAAAUAGUGCCAUUUUUGUGAAGGUACAAAUGAUGCCUUUGUCUUGAUCUCAAAUGAUUUUGCACUGCAACAAAUUUUCAAAAGAAGAUGAAACUGUCAUGGAAAUCUUAUGGUUUAACAUUCACAAGAAGACAUCACAAAAAUAUUAACAUAUUUGGCUGUGACUCCCAAGUGAUUUAAUAUUGUUUACGUGCAUAAUAUCUCAACAUGGUAGUGUUUGUCUUGAUUCAUUUCAUUCUUAGAAUCGUUUUUGACAUUUGUCUAGUAAAGAACAACACAGUCUGUGUAAUACAUAUCACCAUAUGUUUUCAGAUUAACUUCAUAUGCAUCUCAAAUUGUAUGUGUAUUGUGUACAAAUUUCAUUAUAUUACUGCAUACUAAUAGAAUUAAUCAGUUUUUCCUCAAAGAAUAUUUUGAGGGUCUGUUCUAAAAUGAAUAUUUCUUGCUUGUUCAGAACUUGUAACAGUUUGUAUUUGUGAUAACAGCUAUGUAUUUUUUUACACAGUUGUACAAUCCAUUGCUUCCAUUGGAUAAUACCAUCUCUCUGAAAAACUGUUUCAGUUUGAGUGCCAUUUACAUAUUGUGGAACAUAUUUUAUGAUGGCAUUACUUGUUAAAUUGUGUCCUGAUGUUAUAUUCAGAAUGACUUGUUAAUAUAAUUCUACAUUUCUGUUAAGUUUAAGCAUUUUUCUUUAUCUUUAGUCAUUCUUAUGCAAAAAUUUUUGAAACGUGGUUUUCAAGCAAAUGAUUUUUUGCUCAGGUAUUUAAUGAAUACAUGUUAGUGACAAUGUGUGUAGGAAGAUGCUGAAUCAGUGUUAGUUUUGCUUGUACAGUGCAUAUGAAGUUGUCUUACGAGAUUACCUCCUAUGGAGAGAAUGUACUUGAAUUUAUUGUACUCUAAACUUGGUAGGUGUUUUUUUAGUGAGGCACCUGGUACAAAUAACUGCAGAUACUGAAACAGUCACACACUGUCAUUACUUCUGUACUCCCUUAAUAUUUGUUAUCUGUUAGACUUUAGUAUUAUUUGAACCUAUGACUGAAAGCAAUUCAGCGAUAACUUUUUUUAGUUGUCACUUGUGUGUUUCUGAAAAUAUUUUCAAGUAGCAUCUUGUUAUCUGUGGGACUUUGACUACUGCUGUUGUCUUCCAUCACAUGAGUGUAGUGAAUUGGUGCUGGAAGUCACAAUAGCCUACAUGGUGUUGCAUAUGAAUUCUACUUUUAUUCUCUAUUCUGUUCACAUAGUGUAUGGUAACAUUUUUGAUUGCAGAGAGAGAGUAUCUCUUAUUUUAUAUUGUAAUAUAAAAGUCUCUGAUCCCCAUAAAUGAAAUUUUUGUGUGCUUUCAAAAGUAGGACUGGCUAGAAAUGGACCUGCUGUGUAUCAUCUUAAUUUGUAUAUGUACCGUGGCAAACAUCUGGAGGUACUUGUUUCACUGCAAUGUGAUUUAUAGUUCUAUUACUGCCACCACAAUUUUUUUCAUGUUACAGAGAUGGUUCCAGUGAACUGUUAAAGUGUGGAAAGUAUUGAAAAGAUAAGCCUGCAGUUAUGCUAGCAAUAAAUUUUACGGCAUUAUAA